AAUGAGAACGAUAGAGGAUAUUCAUCGCUUCAAGACGAUUGUUUGGCUGACCUUGUCGGAUUAAAAAUAGAAAAGUCAUAAAGUAAACAAAAAUAAACUGCAAGCAAACAUCCCGAAGUUGGUUUACUAUAUAACGAUGACGAGCUUGGGGAGCGUGUUCACCGACCAAGAAGUUAACAAUUGGCUGAAGGCGAGGUUGGCAAUCAAUAUAACAAGUACUGGGUUACAUAAAUUUAUUGACAGGGAAGUAAAAAACGUUCAAGAAGAUUUUAAAAUCCAUUUCUUUGACUGCAACAUGCACCAAUUGUUGUACUGCGAACCUGUUGAAGUGCCCCACACAGGGCAUAUGCAAGAUUCAAAAACAAAAGGGAAGCCCAUCAAUAUGUAACUACCCACAUGACACAGCAAUGCAUCAACCAAAACCUUGUCCAAACAGCAUAUGUGACGAUAUUCGUGAUGAAAUAAUAAAGAAACACCGUUAUAAACGUCCAUCUUGGAAGAAUACAUCAGCAGAACAAUGGACUUCCAACCACUGGGAAUUAGCUAAGUGUUUCAUGCCUCCAGAUGGUUAUGCUGGAGUGAGUAAUAUUCAAGGUACAGAUUUCAAUGGCGUUAUCAGUGUUAUGAUGAACUGUUCACACUUUGAUGGCACGAUGUCGUUCAUAAUUGCUUCCCAGCAGCCCAGUGGUCCAUGUCUUUUGACAAAGGCACGUGAAAUCAGCAAUAGCAUCCGUCACUCGCCUACAUGCAAAGUUCAAGCCACUGAUCUGAAUGAAAUCUUCAAGACAAUGCUCGCAAUACUCGAAGAUUCAAGAGUUCUGGCACAUGACACAGAUGCACAGGACGCAGCUAGCAAAUUAAAGCAGUUACAAAAUGAGAGUACUGAUAUAUCUCUAACGGAUGUGUAUCAGUUACUGAAGGAAUCACAAGAGGCAUCAGAACAAGCUUGCCAAGUGUCCGCAGAAGCAAAGGUUGAGAUUAAAACACUCAUGGACAAAAUACGCGAAUUAGAAAAUAAAUUUGACAACUCACAAACCUGUGUUAAGAAUGUAAAUCCGGAGAUGGAAGAUACUAUCUAUGCGCAAAAAGUACUAGAAUUACGUCGACGUUUAAUAAAGCAUUACACAGACAACACGCAGUACGUAUCUGUGAUGCAAAACCACGACAUAUCUUUGAUGGAAAUAUACGCUACACCAGCAAUUCAUAGAGUAGACACAAAAAAGGACGGCAAAAGAAAGAAAUCUGAACCAGUAUUCACAUACAAAGGUAUGUUUUAUAUUGAACAUGAAUCUAAGCAAAGGAUAUUUAUACAAGGUGAGCCAGGUAAAGGCAAAUCGACGUUUGCAUCAAAAUUGGUUCUAGAUUGGUGCAAUGAAUGCAUUUCUGCACGCGGGCCUACCGAGAAAGAUACAGACUUUAGCGAUACAGAAACCUUAAAGGUAUUUAAGUUUGUCUUCUACAUUGCGUUACGUGACUCAAGGAAUCAAAGAAAAGUUACAGAUAUGAUUAAAAAACAAAUAAUUGAAAAAAUCUAUUUUGAUAAAGAUGUUGACUCAGCUCAUAUUCUUCUACAGACCAUUUUAGAAAAGGAAAAAUGUCUUGUUGUGCAAGAUGGUCUUGACGAAUGGUCAGAUCCCGAGAAAGAAGCUGGAUUGCCCUUAUUAGCCGCUUCUCUCCAGUCCAUAGUUCUUAUUACAACAAGGCCAUGGAAAAUGUCUGACGAUCGUUUAAAGAAUUCACAGGUUGAUUGUCUUCUAGAAAUAGAAGGAGUUAAGGACUCAUUUGUGCUCUGUAGAAAAGUACUAGAUUGUCUCAUCAGUGAUGACCUGGACAGGAAAGUCGUGCAAUUUACAAGGUAUAUACAUGAUAACGGACUUGCCGGGUUGUUAGCAACACCGAUGCUUAUCACACCUAUAGUGUGUCUGUGGGUAGACAAUACAUAUUUGACAGGGUCUUCGUGCCAAAUAUAUACUAUUAUCAUUGAUGGAAUGCUUAAAAAGGCCAACACUCAAACUGAAUAUUUUCAGGAUCCUCCAUUCCAGUGUUUCAAUAACACAAAACAUAUCAAACCUAAUUUGAAGCAAAUUGAAUCUUUAUCAAAAGCAGCAUUUUAUCUGCUAUUAAAUAUUGAAAGAGAAAAUGCAUUAGUAUUUAGCGAAGCUGAUAUCUUGAAACAUAUUUCGAUAGAAGAAAAGAUGUUUGCGAUAACAUCAGGCAUUUUAUCAGAAAGAACAGUUUCAACAUUGUCUUACAGGCCGUCGACAUGCUCGUUCUUCCACACAAAUGUACAGGAAUUUCUGGCGGCAAUUCAUAUUGCAAGCAAUGAAAAACUCAUUUAUGAUGUGAUUGUUCCGUAUUUUGAUUGUCAUCAAAAUGCAUGGUUUGAAAUAUCUCACGUUUUUAAAUUUCUCUGCGGACUCAAUAUUAAUGCUGCAAAUAUUCUCUCGCGCGCAAUUGAUGAGUGUCAACAGCAAUUGUAUGAUCGUCAACAUUCAAUCUGUAUGAAAACAGUGUGUCAAAUUCAGGAUUUUGUCACCUCUGGCUUUGUGGAGCAUUAA